AUAAAGUAGGCAGUUAAACACAGACUACAGCUCCCAGAAUCCACUGCGGCCGGCAGAUUGUAAACAAUCCCAUGAAGGACGAGCUGCACGAUGAUCGUGUUCGUGCGCUACAACCUGGGUCCUGGGGUGGCCGUGGAGCUGGAGGCCCAGGCUAGAGUGGCGGAGCUGAAGGAGGUGGUGGGGAGUCAGCAGGGUGUAGCUCCUCAGGAGCUCCGGGUUCUGUUCGCUGGCAGGGAGCUGCAGAGCUCCGCCUCUUUGCUGGGCUGUGACCUGCCUGAGCAGAGCACGCUCCAUGUGCUCCACCCUCCUCCUGGCUCCUCCUCCCAGCUGCUGCUGCAGGAGCAUCUGGCUCCAGGAGGGGAGAGCAGACAGGACCGGCUGACCUCACUUGACCUGAGCUCCUGGCGGCUCCCUGCCACCUCCUCAGGGCUGGCUGUCAUCCUGGAUGAAGAGAGAGGAACCAGGAGAGGAGAAGAUCAACAGACUGCAGCUCCUAAAGGUCAGGGAGUCGCUCCAUUCUCCCAAUGUCUGUUCUGCUUUUCUAUUCACUUUAUUUCUAUGCUCCAUUUCACACCAUGUCAACCCAGGUCCCUGUAUAGAUCCAGAUCAUCAGAUCAGACUGACGUGGCCCCCAUUCCUCAGGGUUUCAUGGUGGAGGAGGAGGCGUCUCGCAGAGGGAGGUGGGAGCAGGAGUCGCUGCUCCUCAUCCGAACAUCGACCAAAAAGUGUCCGAGCUGUUUGGUUCCUGUGGAGAGGAACGGUGGCUGCAUGCAUAUGCAGUGUUCUGUGUGCAGAGCAGAGUGGUGCUGGCUCUGCGGGGUCCUCUGGAACAGAGACUGUAUGGGGAACCACUGGUUCGGAUAGACGCCGUCCAUCCAGAGACCGUUAAUCCAUCGGUUAAUCCAGCAUGCUGGGGAUUUAUCUCUCAGUCUGGAUUCAAAGAUUCAAUCUCUGAAGCAAUAAAAUGUUGGAAGUUAGACA